CACCGACAGAGCGACAGGAGGCUGCUCAGGGGAUGCAGGUCCCGCUUUCACGGGCUGCCCCCGCUCCGGCACAUCUGCCAAGAGCCUCAGGGACGGGUGGGAAGAGCCGCAGGAGGGAACUCCCCUGACCCGGGUGCGAGGCUGCGAUCAGCGUGUGCGUGUCCGUGUGUCCGUGUGUCCCUGCCCGCAGCGCUGCCGGGGCAGCGGGGCCGAGCGGGCUCCUUAUCCCGGGGCUGCGGCGGGGAGGAGCCAGCGCCGCUCCGAGCCGAGCGCCGGCAGCGCUCCCGCACCGCGCCGGGUCCCGCACCGCGCCCGCACCGGCACCGGCACCAGCGCCCGCUCCUGCUCCUGCUCCGCCUCUGAGCCCGCUCCGGUACCGCUCCAACCCGCUCCUGCUCCGACUCCUGCUCCGGCAUCAGCGCCGCUCCAGACCCUCCGCGGCACCGGCUCCGCUUCUGCUCCGGCACCGCUCCCGGCUCGUUCCCAGCCCGUUCCCAGCCCGGCCCGUUCCCGGAGCGGCCCCGCGGCUCCCGCAGCGCCGCCCCGGCUCUGCCCCGGCCCCGCCGUGCCGGCGGCAGGAAGGAGGAAGGGACACGGCAGGAGGGAGAGAGACCUGCUCGCACGAGGGAAAAUGAACAAGAUGAAAAACUUCAAGAGGAGGUUUUCACUCUCGGUUCCACGGACAGAGACCAUCGAGGAGUCACUGACAGAGUUCACAGAGCAGUUCAACCAGCUCAACAACCAGAGGAAUGAAGACCUGGCCCAAGGGCACCUGCAGCUGGGACAGCUGGGCAGGGAAUUCCGGGCCGACAGCAGCCCCCUCUCACCCUCAGAGGUGGAAGGGCAGUCCCCGGUGGCCGUGAGGUACCGCAGCAACAACCAGCGCCGCUUCUCCAUGGAGGACGUCAGCAAACGCCUCUCCCUGCCCAUGGACAUCCGCCUGCCCCCCGAGUUCCUGCAGAAGCUGCAGAUGGAGAGCCCGGAGUUCCCCAAGCCCCUCAGCAGGAUGUCCCGACGGGCUUCCCUGUCAGAUAUUGGGUUUGGGAAGCUGGAAACCUACGUUAAACUGGACAAACUGGGCGAGGGCACCUACGCCACCGUCUUCAAAGGACGCAGCAAACUGACAGAGAACCUGGUGGCCCUGAAGGAAAUCCGGCUGGAGCACGAGGAAGGGGCUCCUUGCACGGCCAUACGGGAAGUGUCGCUGCUGAAGAACCUGAAACACGCCAACAUCGUGACCCUGCACGACAUCAUCCACACCGAGCGCUCCCUCACCCUCGUCUUCGAGUACCUGGACAACGACCUCAAGCAGUACCUGGAUAACUGUGGGAACCUGAUGAGUGUGCACAAUGUGAAGAUCUUCAUGUUCCAGCUGCUGCGGGGUCUGGCUUAUUGCCACGGCAGGAAGAUCCUGCACCGAGACCUCAAACCUCAGAACCUGCUCAUCAACGAGAGGGGGGAGCUCAAACUGGCUGAUUUCGGACUCGCCAGGGCCAAGUCAGUCCCUACGAAAACGUAUUCCAACGAGGUGGUCACGCUGUGGUACCGACCCCCCGACGUCCUGCUGGGAUCCACGGAAUAUUCCACCCCCAUCGACAUGUGGGGCGUCGGGUGCAUCCACUACGAGAUGGUGACGGGGCGGCCCAUGUUCCCCGGCUCCACGGUGAAGGAGGAGCUGCACCUGAUCUUCAGGCUGCUGGGUACCCCCACAGAAGACACCUGGCCUGGGAUAACAUCCAACGAGGAGUUCAAGGCUUACAAUUUCACCCAGUACCGAGCCCAGCCCUUAAUAAAUCACGCCCCCAGGCUGGACUCAGAAGGCAUUGACCUGCUGACAAACCUCCUUCUGUACAGAGCCAAGGGCCGGAUCUCAGCAGAGGCAGCCCUGCAGCACCCCUACUUCAAGAGCCUGGGAGAAAGGGUGCACCUCCUGCCUGACAAUGCCUCCAUCUUCUCCCUGAAGGAGAUCCAGCUUCAAAAGGACCCUGGACACCGAGGCUCAGCCUUCCAGCAGUCAGCCCGAGGGAAGAACAGGAGGCAGAGUAUAUUUUAAACCUGGAUCUCAUGUUCCCCUCGUCACCAUGGAGAUCGAAGCACUGAGAAAGGAGACGGCAACGAGCUCCCACCCGACCUCCCCCCUCCCCGCAGGAUCCCCGCCUGGGGCAGGACAAUGCUGAAGUGCCCUCGGCCUCAGGGUGUCCCUGUCUGUCCCCAAAGCCCUGGAGCUGCCGUUGAUGGACCUGUGGCCUUGUUCCCCACUCUUGUUCUCGUGUUGUCCCCGUCAGACGUGAGCUGUCACCCCCCGGGGCAGGCGCUCCGGUGGGGACCUGCAGGACCACGAGCCUGUGCAAAUGCACCCUGGGGGUGAGCUGGGCACGGGGGAGGUUCUGUGAAGCACAGAAGGGUUUGGUGGCUCCAAAGCUGUGGUGUUUGGCCCAGACAGGUGUUUCUGAACGCGUACCUUUUGCUCAGACCACCUGCUCUGCACCCCCAGGUUCUUGGGGUGGAGGGGGGGGACACUUGGCAGCCACGUCACGAGUUUCAGGCAGGACCCAGCCUGGCACUGGGAGGCUGCCCCUGGAGCACAGAAAGCAGGGCAGCUCUCCCUUGUUGCCCUUGCUUCUGUCCUGCAGAGCCCCUUUUUUCCCUCUCCCCAUCUUUGGGCCCUGAAUCCUGACUGGGAUGGGGCAGCUGGAAGGGGAGGGCUCCCCGUCGCUUCCCCCCACAGCUCCCCCAUCCUUGCCAUCACCAUGUUCCCAAAUUCAGCCAUUGGGAGAGGGGUACCUGGGGUGCAGGUACCUGUGCAGAGGAGGGGCCAGGUGAGCUCUGGCUCUGUGCCCUCCAACCAGCCUUUCCCAGGCACCCACAGAGCACCCCUUUCCUCAUCCCCCACAGCCACGACCCUCUCUGACCCCACAAGUGGCAGGAUGGGGGUCCCAGACAGUGUCUCAGGAGCACAACUCCCCCCAUCCCAUCCCUGAGCCCCCACACCACCAGGCAGAGCCCGAGUCCCUCGGCAGCGAAGCGCUGCACCCACCCACCUCAUGCAUUUCUCCCCGGAGGGAGGGGGAGAGGUGCCAAACCUCCCACAGCUCAGCUGUGGGCACCAGAAAUAGAGCCCGAGAGAAGCAAACCAUCCCUCGAGCCUCCCUGCCUGCCCUCUGGGUGGGGACUGUCCCAGCCCGAGGCUCAGACGGAUGUGGGGACCGAGGUGUGAGGUGUGAGGUGUGAGUGUGCUGGGCAGGCUGGAGGCUGCCCUGGCUGUGUUUUCCCCUCCAUACACUUCAGGAAGGUGCCAAAUCCAUGCUGAGUGAAGGGGCCCUGCUGCACCUCUCCCCCACAGCCUGCAAGCAGCCUGGAACGCCUGCAAGUGUGUGAGCGUGGCCACAAGUCUCUGCUGUGCAUUAUUCCCAUCAUUUCCUUGGACAGCUGGUGCCCUCACCCACUGGUCCUACAGCCCGUGGGGGUGACCAGGAGACUCUGGACAUGGCCAGUGCUGUGAGUGUCACCUGGGCCUGGCCUGGCAGGGUGUGCUGGGGCGUUGGGGUGCCCUGCUCAGGGGGUGGUGGCAGCUCCCUGCGCUGCUGUUCCCCCGCCGAGCAGGGAGUGAUGAGGGCUGCCUUCUGCUUUGCUGUGCAUCAUUUCCCCUGUGAUCCUUGGAAAACACGCAGCAGGAGGAGAGGAGUGGGGACUCCAGAGAGGUCCCCAGAGCCCCUGGGAUGACUCCUCCCCGUGGCAGUGCUGGAUUUGCUCCCUGUGAGCUUCCCCACCCGAGCAAAGCUGUUAACUGGGGUCUGUCCUAGACAAGCAUCCAGACGUCUGCAUUGUUUGAGGUUUGCCCAUCCCUGCUCUGUUCCCUCUCGCCGUGUCCAGCUUCCAGCAGGCUGAAUAGCUCGUUAAUUGCUUCCAUUUGAUAGGGAAGAGCAUGAGCAGCCACCAGCCCCAGUGACGCAUUUCAGCCUCGUGUCAGGGCCGUGCUCUCCUGUCUCCACUCCCGGCUCCUGCUGCUGGGGCUGCUCCCGGGGGGCUCCACCGAGGGAGGGGAUGGCUGGAGCCAGUCUGGACUCUCACUCUGCCCUCCUUCCUUUCACGAGGGAAUUUCCUUGGCAUGGCAGGGAUCUGUGGGGCAGACUUGCACUUCCCGGGGCUCCCAUCAGGAAUGAGAAGCUCAGCAGGCAGGACAGCUCAGGGGUGCAGCAGCACCUUCAAGUCCCUGGGGGGAGCAGUGCUGGUGUUCCCAGGGGAACAGAGCCUGGACAAGCAGGAAUCCCCUUCACCCAGCCUUAGGAAGCCCGUUCAGGACACGUGUGACCAGCCCUUGUGCAUUUUCUUGCUUGGUGUUGCCAUCCCCAUGCACUUGAGGCAUAAACCUUCCUGGGCACUGGAUGCCCAGCUGAGCCAUCCCACAUUCCCACUGGGAGACAGAACACACGGGAUCAGGGUGGUCUCAGCUCUCCCUCCAUGAGGCAGAUAUUCCUGCUGAAGGUCAAAGUCACCUACAGGAACCUCUGGGGGAAAGACUUAGCAAUGGCCAGGAGGCAUUCCCAGGAUCAGAGGGCAAAGACAAAGGGCCUGGUGGCUCCUGUUUAUUCUUUUGCAGCCUUUGCCUUUCCUACAAAUCCUCCCUAGAGGAGACAUUUAUCAGCCCUGAGUGCCCCUAACAGCCCCAAUUUGAGAUAACCCCCUUUUGUUCCACUCAUUUAGUGGGUAUUUGACUCCCACCGAGGAGGGGAGAGGGUGUGUAAAUAUUUGGUGCCCCGCUGGGCAAGGUGAGCCCCGAGCCUCUGAUCUCCACAGGCUGGGAAGAAAAGGAGCUGCAGGUUGGCAGGGAUCAGAGCCUGGAGCCAAAUGCCCCUUUCUCCACCUCUGGAAUAGCAUUCCAGUCUCCGUGAGCUGGGUUUAUGAGGAGAUGGAUGCCCCCCUCCCCCUCCCCUGUGCCUGCUCCAGCAGCUCAUCCCUGGCAGGAUGAGCUUUCCCAGGUUUUGGAGCACCAGCCAAGCUCCCAAGUGGAUUUUUAAUGAAAAUUCUGGGCAUUUCUGUGGCUCUCCAGCGUUUUUUCCUCUUUUUAUGGAUUCUCCCAUGCACUGCUUUGUGGAGCAGCUGCUGCUCCUGGCAGAUGGGGAGCCCUGACAAAAGGAAACUGUUGCUUUGUCUUCCACACAUUUUAUGUCGAGUUUUUUUGUUGUUGGUGGUGGGUUUUUUAACCAGUUCUGGUGGGAGAUGGGAGUUUUGGCUGUGCCCUCAGGAAAGGCUGUGUUCUCUCAGCUCUUCAGCUCACGGCUGGGAAAAGGAAUAUACAAGUAAAGUGAUGUGUAAAGCCAGGUCUGUGUUUGGGACGACAACAGCACUUGGAGGCAGAGCUGUUUCAUCUCAUUUUCAUCUUCUCCAUUCCCACGUGCACCCGCCUUUCCUGGCCCAACCCUUUGCCAGAUCUAAGUUAAGAUUUUAAACAACAAAACUACAUUGUAUCUUGGAGACUAAGGACUAAAUAAAUGCCUUUUUUUUUUCCCCUCUCCCUUACACACGAGGGGAAAAAAAAAAACCAACCACUAAUUAAAGGGACAUUUUCCCAAGGUUCUCAAUGUUUUCUUUGGGGUUUUUUUCACCUGAUCUCGCCUGACAUCUGCCUGAUGGUGCUGCCCCAGCUGUGCUGCACAUCUGCCCUGUCUCUCUGUGCGCUCAGGUCUUGUUAAGAGCUGAUUUUGGAUGUCCCUGAGCCCCCCCUGCGAGCGAGGUCUGGGCACAAACACUUCUGAAAGCCACCUUCUGGCUUCUUCAUUGCCUUCCUCCAUCCUCAGCAUCGAGCUUGUCCUGCAGCAGGAAAAACGGAUGCAAGUGGCCAGGAUACACAAACUGUGAAUGUCCUCUGGUGUGAUUCAUUUGCAGAAGACCAGUAAUAUAUUUAUCUUGUGUUGUACAGGCGAAAGAUGCAUUUUAAAAGAAACGGUUUUAAAGAUUUAUUCCAAAAGGAGCGACGAUUUUUUUUUUUUUUUAAAUAGAAAGUGUUUCUGGGAUAAAUGGAAAGGCACAAAGGAAAAAAAAAAAAUAAAAGAUUGUAUCCAUCUACCAACCUGGUGUCUCCAUGUUUUAUAGGAAUAUUUCAAUUUUUGGUAUGUCAGGUGUGACAUGGACUAUUUUGUGGCUCAUUUUAUUGCUAAAAGGCUGAUAUUAAUUACAGUUGUGUCGUGAGCGCCCCAAAACCGAGACUGGACAAUAAACUUUAUGGAAUAUGG